AUGUGACUGUUGAAAAUGGCGCUGGACCUUUCCAUGCUAUUGCAGCCCAUUCCGGCUGGUAUGGUUGUUGUUGAUCAUUUAAAGCCGUUUGGAUUAGGUCAUUUAGCAAGGAAGUUGGACUCAAUACCAUUACCAUGCCUUUCAUCUUUAAAUACUGGCUAUACUGGUAACACUACUGAUGUUUUGUCAUCAACUUACGGUGAUGUGUCUGAUUCCUUUCGACGUUCUGAUCAUUACUCUGAUGUUGGAGACCGUUGUUGUUACAACCAACUAUCGCAAUCUGGUACCUUUUCAAGAUCCUGUGCAUUGAAGUCUUCAUCUGGAGCUGUGAUAUCGAGUCCUUUGAGUGUGCUUGCUGAGCUCUAUAUCCCUGAGGUUUCCAUAUUAUCUCAAUCUGGUUUAUUUGGCUCUAUUCCGGAUGAUAUCUAUCACUCUGGUUUGACUAGUGAUUCAUCUCCUCAUGGUAUAUCAGUUCCUGGUAGUGUUCGUCAUGAAUCUGAUGGUGAUCUAAAUCGUCGUUCUUUAUCACCAGUUCGUGGUACUUCUCGUUCUGUAUCACCUGCUCGUGCUCGUGGAUCAGGUCGUGGCGGUCGUCAAUCUCGUCGUGGUGAUUCUAAGGUCAGCAGGUCAGCCCGUUCAGUUGUCACUGAACCUGAGCCAAGUCCCACUCCCGUGACUACUGUUGAGAACUGGGCUCAGUGUGAGAGUUGCAAGAAGUGGCGUCGUCUUCCUGCUAGUGUUAAUACAGACCAGCUACCCGAUUUAUGGGUAUGUUCAUUAAACGUCUGGGAUCCUCAUCGCAGUUCUUGUGACGUUCCUGAGGAGGUGUUUCCUGAGGUUAGUCUUGACACAUCUUUGGCUGCUUUACCUGAGCCUGCACCUGAGGUUCCUGUUGUUGAGGAGAAGUUGAUACUACCCAUUCGUCCGGUGGUAGGUCAUCGUGGUCGUGGUGAGCGUUUUAUGGACCACGAGGUGGUUGAGAUGCUAUUUUCUGGUAACCGGAAACACCCAUUAUUCAAUCGUGUUACAAUCCAUUCAUUGGACAAGAACAGCUUAUUGGCUACUGAGUUGCCUCAUGACGUCUUGAUGGUUGAGGAUAACCCCUCCAGUGCUGUUAUGGGUCUAACUACUGCCGUUGGUAUGGAUCCUAAUGACUUUUUACGUCCUGAGGAUGAUCUGUUGAAGGAGGAAAACAUGCCUCGUGUUGAUGGUGUUUUAUCUAUUGGUUAUGCCAUGAAGACAAACUGGCCAUCUCAGGACCAUGAUGCUUCUACUGUUGAUUCCUUUGAGGAUACUGAUAUAUCUCGUGUCCCUGUCUCCAUCCUAGCAUCUGUAUUUCCCAAAUUGGCUUUACAGGUGCCUUCUUUCAGUGGUUUACUUCCCGGUCGAUCCAAACGAACUGUUGUGAACCCUAAACCUCCAGAAUUCCCCGUUGACCCAUUACCUACCCAUUCUGUCCCUGACGACAGCACCGCCUUAUCAUGUAUGACCCAUGAGGACUUGGGUGGAGUUCUAUCUGUUUUCGGUGAGCGUGAAUCUAAAGUGAUCCCUAAAGUGCAUUGUCGCCUAGAAGAGAAGCUAAGACAAAGUACGCUGCCUUUGGAUACAUUUUUACAGCCAUUAUCUAUGCUAUCUGUGCCCAUAAAGGAUAGCAGCUCAGAGCCAUUGGCUUAUACUGAUUUAGAGAGUGAUUCUACUUUACAAAAGCUACCUCAGGGUGACCAGCAGUUACGUAAAUUACGUGAUGACUACUUAAAGGGCAGUACUGGUCGUGGAUAUACUAAGCGUGGUACGCCUUAUGUGGAUGAGGGUGACUAUGUGCCUAAACGUCAAUCUCGCCGUCAGCCUCAAACAGUAGCUCCUAGUACAUUACGUGCUCCCGUUGAGGCCUUUUCUAAUCCUAUAAAUACGAUGUUACUCAUGGAGCUUUCUACACCCAUUGAUUACGUACCUCCUGCGGAGGUUUCUGGUAUGGACGGCAGUUUUUCCAGCAGUCAUGCGCUGGAGUUGUUAACCCAACCUAUAGACAUGGGUUCUUUGGUUAUACCAUCGCAGUGACUAUGUUGAUUACACAUGUUUUUAAUGUGUAGACA